AUGAAUCCCUACAUCAGCUGGGCGAUCCUGUUGGUCGUGGCAGGCGGUCUCGGCUGGUACUACACCAAUGGCUCAACCCCGAAGGCCAAAACCGUGAUCAAAUCCACAGUGGAGAAGACAGAGGCCGCGGUUGCGCCUAAGAAACAGAAGCGCAAGUCUAAGCCCGCCCCCGAGCCCACCACUGCGAAGAAGUCCGAGGUGCAGACCAUCGUUUCGCCUCCCACCACUGAGGAUGAGAAGCCCGAUGAGGAAAUUGAUCGCAAGGAGAUGGCCCGCCGGAUGGCCGGCAUGAAGGCUGGACCCUCCGCCACCACCGCCCCUGCUCCCACCAAGAGCCAGAAGAAGAACAAGAAGAAGGCCGCCCAGCUUGACGCCAGCGACACUCGUGCCUCCUCCACCACUGGUGCUGAGGCCGACGAUGAUCUUUCCCCCGCCGCCUCUCCCUCCGUCAACGCCACCGUGCCCUCCGCUGGAUACGUCUCUGACAUGCUGGAAGCUCAAGCCCCCGGUGCAUCUGUCCUCCGCGUUACUGGAAAUGUUGAGAACCAGCCCAAGAAGCAGAAGGCUCAGACUUUCAAGGAGGUUGAGACCAAGAAGCAGCGUCAGAACCGCCUGAAGAACGAGGCCCGCAAGCAGCAGAUCCAGGAAGCCGAGGUUGAGCGCAAGAAGCUGCUCGAGAAGCAGCUUCACACUGCCCGUGAGUCCGAGCGUCGCGAGGCCGCCAAGUCCUCUGCUCCGGCCGCCAACGCCUGGCAGACCAAGGAGGCCCCGGCCGCUAAGGCCAACGGUGCCUCCGUUCCCGCCCCAGUCGCUGCCCCGGCCGCCCCCGCUGCCUCCGUGGAUCUUCUGGACACCUUCGAGUCUUCCGCUCCUGCCACCAAGAAGUGGCAGCAGAACCUUCCCUCCGAGGAAGAGCAGAUGCGCAUCCUGGAGGCCGCCAAUGGCAAUGACGAGUGGACCACUGUGUCCAAGGUCAAGAAGCAGCCCAAGAAGAAGGGUGGCAAGACCGACGAGAGUGUCAGCGAGACCAGCGCCUCGGAGACCCAGGCUGCUCCCUCGGCCCCUGCUCCCGUUGAGCCUCGCGUGACCGUGACCCCUACCUACCUCCCCGACAUCCUUCGCUCGCGCGAGAAGGGUCACCCCCUUGAUUCUGACUGGGCCGCGUGA